UUAGUCAACAAAUCAAGGAGUGCCCGACACGCUCCAAAUUUGUCUAUAGAUAAGCAGUUUUCGGUCCCGAGACAGCCGCCAAAAGAAUCUGAAAGAGAGCAGCGAAACAAUUUCAAAGCAUGCCGACUCUGACGAAACUUUAUUCAAUGGAAGAAGCCUACCAGCACAAUACCAAAGAGGAUUGCUGGGUCGUUAUUGACGGCAAGGUAUAUGAUGUUACUGAUUAUUUGGAUGAUCAUCCAGGAGGGGAUGAUGUAGUGCUUGCAGCAACAGGGAAAGAUGCAACGGACGAGUUUGAAGAUGCUGGACACAGCAAAGGUGCAAAAGAGCUCAUGCAGAACUUUUGCAUCGGCGAGCUUGACACAUCUAUCCCAGUCAUCCCAGAGCUUGAAAUUUCCUCCAAGAAGGAAACUAACAGUUACUCGGAUAAUCUCAUGGAUUUAACAAAGCAAUAUUGGGUUGUUUCUGUGGCAAUCAUCGGUUUCUCCAUGGUGGCUGGUCUCGUAUUCCUGCGAAGAAAGUAAAUGAAUUUGAUUUUUUCCCUAUUGGCUGCUGAAAGGGAAUACUUCCCCAAAUUCUGAAUAAUUAGAUGGAUAAUGAUUUAGAACAUUUAGCCAUUGGUAAUUUUAAAAUAUGAAGGUAGCGCUUCUUCAUUCAUUACCUUCCUUCGUCAGAAUACAUGCAUGAUAGGAUUGAAAAACAGGGAAAAUACUUGUAUUAGUACAAGGGGAAGGAUAUAUUGUCAUUUU